GCCCAAAUUUUCCUUUUUUCAUUUCCACUCCGACACUUAUUUUCCGCUGCAGAUUAACUUUGCCGUUGCUCCAUUCCCAAUCCUUCCCACACACAACUCUCUGUAUGUAUGUAUCCAUGCUCGCCUGAAGCUCGAAUCGGAAGCUCCGGUAGCUCCGCUGCGGCGGCGACGACUCGGUAGAUAAAAUCACCGUUUUCAUUUUUUUUCUUUUGCGGUGACCGAUUCGUUUUCGAUUAGGAGAGAUUGCUUCAGAUUUUCAGGUUCAAAGUUGACUUCCUGUAAUUAUUGACAUCAGAGAAUGAUUUCAUUUUCAAAUGGUAGCUUGUCUAAUGAGGUCUCAAAUAAGCGGCCUCUGGAGAAUGGUUGUAUGCCUAAAUAUAAGCCCAGGAAAGUAUCUGCCAUCCGCGAUUUCCCGCCUGAUUGUGGCCCAAAUGCAGUGCCAGUGAAUUUGAGAUCAGAAGAAAAUUGUGGUAGUGAGGCAGCUGGGAGUAAAGAUGCUCCAGGUGUUGUAAAUUUGGAACCGACCAACACCGUGGUGGAGUGUCAAUCACAUGAACAACUCAGUUCACCAACUUCGUCGACUCUCCAGCACGGUGCAGGUGUAAACGGUAGCAUGGACGUACCCAUGACUGAGACGUUGGAUACAUUAAUUGAAAAGGCAAAGGAGAAUGUAACUGUCUCCAUGAAACUGGUCAUGGAAAUUGGAUCUGUUGGAACUAAGAUGCCCGACGAGGAUGAGUUGCACAGACAGCAAGCAGUAAAUAAUCCUGUUGAAAUAGAGAGAGAUGAACAAUUGGGUACAUAUGUGGGAAAUGUGGAAACAACGGUAAUAAAUGAUCUCACAGACGUGAUGCUAGAACCAGAUCUUGUUAGAGUUGACAUAGUGAAUGACAUGCAUACUCUUGAUCAUUCUAAAGGUCAGGCUCUGUUGGAAGAGUUAAAAGAGGAUAAUGGUGUAGUUUCAUUUCGGAACUCCAGUGUUGAGGUGGUUAAGUCCCUGGAUGAUCCUCUGGAAUUUUCUGCCGUUUGUGCCAGUGUUCAGCCAGCGACUUCCAUUAGGCCAAGAGAUAAAUACCGUCCUAGAAGAGUAUCUGCUGUUCGUGAUUUCCCUCCAUAUUGUGGAAUAAAUGUUUCUUUAUCGAUUGAAGAAGAAAAGGGGAUGGCUAACCCAGGAAAGGAUAGUCUGGAGAGAACUGAGGAAGUUGAAUUGACGCCAGAACCAACUAUAAUGUCGUCAUAUGUCUCCGAGAGGGAGAUAACUGGUGAGAUGCUCCCGACCUCUGGAGAAUGUCUUGAUGGGCUUCACGACGUUCAUGUUGAAAUCGAAGAAAGUAAAACAUUGAAUGAUAGUGCUGGAAGAGGAUUGCUAGGAGAAAUGACAGUAGCCACUGCAGAAGGGGGCACGAUGGAAUUUGAAGAAUACAGCAGAGAUUUACAGCCUGGCAUCACAGAGAGAAAUGGAGCAUGUCCAGGAUCAGAUACCGUAUCUAAGGCAUUGGUGAAUAUCAGCAUCGAGGAUGCUGGAGGGUCAGUUGGGAAAGAAAUUGCCACUUUUUCACCAGAUAGAAAUGAUAAAGAUAUGCCUCCACGUAGGGAUUUUAGCUCCAGGAAUGACUUAAAUAGGGAGCUAGUACAUGGUCUGAUGGCUGCACCACAUUGCCCAUGGAGGAAAUCAAAAGGUGCUUUAAAAAGUCCAGAUGGUGGAACAGAUGAUCUGAAGGGGAGCCAGCAGAACGUGCCUCUACAGCAGAAACCCAAAGCUGAUGCUUUGAACACUAAUCUCGAAGCAGAUUAUACAAGUCCUGAUUCCCUUGAUGGAGAUAAAACACCUGGUAAAUCAGCCUUCACAAACGAGGGAGAUCAUCGUGCCGGCAGUGAGUUCAUACAUGAAGCCACUCCUAUAUCCAUGUUCAAGGCAGAUGUUGACAGCAGUGAUAAUGAUUGUGUAGAACCUAUCAGAAAGAAUUUCGUUGGUUGUUCUCCAGGAGACAAUGAUGAAGGGAGGAACUCGCAUAAUGCUUUUGGCUCAAAUCGUGAUGUGGAUAAGGAGGUUGUGCAUGGUCUGAUGGCUGCAUCUAAUUGUCCAUGGAAGAAGGAGAAGGCAAUAACUAACUCAAAUGGAGGGAGUCGAGGGACAAGUGGAGCAAAAAAGAGGAAGCAGAAUUCGUCUUGGCGACAGAAGGGCAGGGCUGUUGCCAGAAAGAGUAAACCUCAAAUGAAAUCUCCGGGUUUGUCAUCUAAGAAGAUGAACAAAGUUCAUAUGUUCGAUGAUGUAAAUGAGGGGCCUGAUGCUUUGGCGCUUCUAGAUGAUGGAGAUCAUGAUCAUGAUCAUGAUGGAGAUUUUGCUACUAAUUUUUCUGCCAGCCACAAGCGAGAAGAUUAUGAAAUAACCUUUCCUCGCUUUGGCCCCAAGAGUUCUGGUCUUGGUGAUGCCCGCAACACAGUGAGAGAAACUCUUCGAUUGUUCAAUGCUACUUGUAGAAAGUUCUUGCAACGAGAAGAAGAAGCAAACCUGGUUGAAGGAGAUGAAGGAAGACCAAAGCAGUCAGGCAAGAAAGGCAAAAGGAUUGAUCUAUCAUCUGCACAGGUUCUCAAGGGAAAAGGAAAAUAUGUAAAUACAACUAAAGUAAUUGGAGCAGUUCCAGGAGUUGAAGUGGGUGACGAAUUUCAAUACAGAGUGGAGCUUGCUGUUGUUGGCAUUCACUUCCCAUUCCAGUCUGGUAUAGAUAGUAUGAAGGUUAAUGAAAAACUACUUGCUACCAGUAUUGUUACUUCCGGGGCUUAUCAUGAUGACGUGGAGAAUGCUGAUGUCUUAAGAUACUGUGGGCAAGGAGGAAAUGUCAUUGGGAAGUCUAAACAACCUGAAGAUCAAAAGCUCGAAAGGGGGAAUUUGGCUCUAAAGAAUAGUAUAGAAGAAAAGACACCAGUGCGUGUUGUUCGCGGGUGGAAGGAGAUGAAAAUUGUUGACCCUCUGGAUUCCAAGCCUAAAUUGGUCACUACUUAUGUUUAUGAUGGCCUGUAUACUGUGACGGAUUGUCGUACAGAAAAAGGGCCACAUGGGAAGCAGGUUUUUAUGUUUGAGUUGAGGAGGAACCCUGGUCAGCCUGAACUUGCUUGGAAAGAGUUGAAGAAGUCAAGUAAGUUCAAAACCCGCCCAGGAGUGUGUGUCACUGAUAUUUCUAAUGGUAAAGAGCGCAUUCCUAUUUGGGCGGUGAACACUAUAGACGAUCAAAAACCACCUCCAUUCAACUACAUUCCAAAGAUGAUGUACCCUGAUUGGUACCAUCCAAUCCCCCCAGAAGGUUGCAAUUGUCUCGGGCGAUGUUCUGCGAAGAGAAAAUGCGCGUGUGCAACUAGGAAUGGAGGCGCAAUCCCGUAUAACCACAAUGGAGCUUUAGUUGAAACUAUGAAUCUUGUAUAUGAGUGUGGUCCCCAUUGUAAAUGCCCCCCUUCCUGCUAUAAUAGGGCCACGCAACGUGGCAUCAAGUUUCAGCUCGAGAUCUUCAAGACAGAGUCGAGAGGCUGGGGUGUGAGGGCCCUGGCUUCUAUACCUUCUGGAAGCUUCAUAUGCGAGUACACAGGAGAACUUCUUGAAGAUAUAGAAGCUGAGAAAAGAAUUGGCAAUGAUGAGUAUCUCUUUGACAUCGGCCGGAAUCUAAUUGAUUCCCCCGCCAAUUCUGAUGAAGAAGAAGCUGCUGCUGAGCUUAAAGGAAGGGGUUUCACAAUUGAUGCUUUGACGUAUGGGAAUGUUGGGAGGUUCAUUAAUCACAGCUGUGCGCCCAACCUUUGGGCGCAAAAUGUGAUUUAUGACGACGAUGACAAGAGAAUGCCCCACGUUAUGCUUUUUGCAAUGGAGAACAUUCCGCCUCUCCAGGAGCUCACGUAUUCUUACAACUACUCUCUGGGUCAGGUCCACGACUCUGAGGGAAACGUUAAGGUUAAGAGUUGUUACUGCGGUGCUGCAGGAUGUAGCGGCAGGUUGUACUGAGGUGUUUGUGAUGAUGGUAAAACAGUCGAGAGGUAUCAAAUCAUGUGAGUCAUCUUCCCCAUGAUUUUCACGCUUUCUUCGAUUUUAACGUGCUAGCAUGUGUAUAUAUACAAAGCUUAGAGAGUGGUUCCCAGUUUUCUCUCUAAGUUUGGAUUUUCGGACAAAAUCCAACUGAAGAUUAAUGAAUUGCAAUAUUUACAAAUGCAAGUGUCGAAAAAUAAUGCUGUUCUGUAUACCAUUUUUAUGUGGUGUUUAUGUUGGCUAAUCUACUUGUCUUGUAGGAUGUACAUUUUCGGAUGAUCGACAGGCUUGGCAGCAUGAAUUUGUCUGUAAGCAUCGUUCGAUUUUAUGCAUUUUGUUAGAUUUUGUAGAAUUUGAUGCAUAGUUAUGGUUUCAAAUAGAUCGCCUCAGGUUGAUGAUCAGCACCUGUUUUUUAAGUAUUUUGCUGCAAGAUUAUAGUCACAUCACAAUUCAUAACUGGAAAACUAAACAUAGAUCUUUUUUUUUUUUUGAGAAAGACUAAACAUAGAUCUUAGGUUCCUCUCGAUUUGUAGAUUUAUUUCAUUCUUUGAUAAUUAUGUCAAAAUUUCAAGCUAAUUUUUGGAACCUUAUCCAUCAUUGAAUC